AUGAAGUUGACUUCGACCAUCGCGGCUGGUGCUGCCCUUGCGGCCGGUGUUUCUGCUGGACAGAACAACUACCUCGGCUUCAACUCUGGCGCCACCCUGCCUGACGAAUCCGCCAAAUUCGAGAAGGACUUCUUGGCCGAGUUCACCACGGCCCAGAAGCUUCCUGGCGCUCCCGGCACCUUCAACGCCGUCCGUCUCUACACCAACAUCCAGGCCUACUCCACAAACACUCCCAUUGAGGCCUUCUCGGCUGCCAUCAAGACCAAGACCAAGAUCCUGCUCGGUGUCUGGGCCUCUGGUACCACCAACAUCAACAAUGAGCUUGCCGCUCUGAGCGCCGCUGUCAAGCAGUACGGCUCCGACUUCACCGACCUCAUCAUCGGUAUCUCCAUCGGUAGCGAGGACCUGUACCGUGACUCGGCCACUGGACGAACCAACAAGGCCGGUGUCGGCAACGGCCCCGAUGAGAUCCUCAGCUUCAUCAACGCUUACAAGAAGGAGUUUGCCAACACUGCGCUUUCCAGCGUUCCCGUUGGACACGUCGACACCUGGGAUGCUUGGGUUAACGGCACCAACAAGGAGGUUCUCGACGCUGUCGACUGGAUUGGUGUUGACGAGUACCCCUUCUACGAGACCGGCAAGGGCAACAAGAUUGACAAUGCCGGCAAGCUCUUCAACUCGGCUUACCAGACCACGCUUGGCGUUGCCAACGGCAAGCCUGUCUGGGUCACCGAGACCGGCUGGCCCCUGACCGGCCCCAGCUGGGACGAGGCUGUUCCCAGCGUCGAGAACGCAAAGUCCUACUGGGACCAAGUUGGUUGCGAGAUUCUGUUCAACAAGGUUCCCACCUUCUGGUACAACCUGCGUGACUCCAACCCAGCCAACACGGUCAAGUUUGGCGUCAACCAGAAGCUGGAUGGCACACCUUCAUUCAACCUGACCUGCCCUGCCGUGUCCAAGUCCACCAGCUCUUCCAUCACCAUGCCCACCGCCACCGGAAAGGGCUCUACCCCCUCGACUCUCGUCACCGCUCCCUCACAGACUGGCCAGUCCGGCGCUAACAACGCUGGAAGCGCCAAGGGUGCUGACUCCAGCUCUGAUAGCUCUGCCUCCAAGACAUCAUCUAGCCCUGCCUCCACCUCCUCCCACAGCGCUGGUUCCAUCAACAAGGUCUCCGGCGCUGCCUUUGCCGGUGUAGCUCUCGUUGCUGGUAUCUUUGCUACCCUUUUCUAA